AUGGGACAAGCUUUGUCUGACGAGACCCCGCGGGAGCUUACGCACGAGGAGCUCACCCGUGAACUGGCCAGCCGCUUCGCCGAAAAAUGCUUUACCUCUCUCGAACUCUACUCCUUCAAGGAUGUCUUCAAAAGCCUGGCAGACACCCAGGGGGAUAUCCGCUACCUGAAGGAAGACACCAUCGCCCGCUUCCUCGAGAUACCUGACAUCCUCCAUGUCUCGCCCGUCAUAUUCCAAAUGGUGUCGUACAUUGGCGCCUUUCCCUUCCUCCAAGACGCCCCCGCUGUUCUCGGCCUUGAGCAGAUGAUCAUGGUCGUUGUGAUCAUGACGGCAAGGUAUAAGAGGAUUCUUGCAAAGGGCGCUCGCGAUCGGGCGAAGCUGCUAUUCAAGAGCCUUGCCGUGCACGACCGGAAGGCUUCUGUGGCUGCUGUGGAAGAGGCCAAUGGAGGAUCUGAGGAAAACGGGCAAAAUCUUACAAAGGACGAGCCUCCAACCAGCAGCCAUGUACCUGGCUUUGCCGUCGAUGAACCCGUGGAUGAAGCAGAAGACGAUGACGAUGACCUGGAGAUUGCCGCCUUCGAGCUCCUUGACAUCAACGACGCCGUCCGACAGGGUGAUGCUCCAACAGUUCAGGGAGCCAUGAUUCCAGCUGAUAACUUCCGCAAGCUCCUCAUGCUGCUCAUCUUGAUUGCCCCGUUAGGUCCGCAAGAAAGACUCUCCAUGUAUGCAACACGCGUUACGGGCGACGAGCUCGAGAGUUUACGCUCCACAGCCGAGAACAUCCUUGCCGCUUUCUUGAACGUCGAAAAGGCCCCCGGUAUCAAGUUUGCCCAGUUCAAUCGUGUGAUGCCCGUGUGCUUUCCCCAUCUCUUUAGCGGUUUCAACCCUCUUUUCGAACACUUUCUCUUCUCCAAGAACCUGGAUUUCACAAAACACAAUGGCGAUGACCCUGCCGCCGCCAAGAAACCCGAAGAUAUCGUUCAACCGUUGUUGCAAGACAGCUCCGACAUCCUCAACCUUAAUGUUCUUUCACAGCUGUCCUUCUUCCUUCCUGGAUCAGACCUUUUCCGCCGCCUCAGACUGCUCUACUCUGGCAGCGAAGCAGGUUUCUCCAUGGGCAGCUUCGAAGCUAAGGUUUUCAACUGGAGGGCGCCUACGAUACUCCUCGUGCGCGGUAGUCGGAUGAACGAUGAGCCCCACGGUGGCCAGGAGGCGGCCUUUGCGGCCUCGAUUCCACCACGCCGCUUCCCGAACGGCAGCAAGGGCGACCGUCUCACCUUUGGCGUCUACUUGAGUCAGCCGUGGAAACAUACAUCCAAGGAAUGUUUCGGCGAGUCAGAUACCGUGCUCUUCCAGUUGGAACCGGUUCACGACGUGUUCCCUGCGUCCAAGUAUAACUCGGACUACAUCUCAUUCACGAAGCCGCCUACCAACCGACCUCUUCUGGGAGUUGGAUGUCCUCAUCCCAGAACUUCUCAGGCUCACCGACGAGACACAAUGAUGUCCCUCGGCCCCGUUUCCCUCUUGCUGGAUGAUUCGUUCGAGUACGGUGUGUUUACGCACGACUGGACUGCCGGAGGUGGAGCGUUCCAUAGUAGUGUGUCCCGCAAGUUUGACUUCCAGGACAGGUUCGAGAUCGAAAGCCUCGAAGUUUGGGGCUGCGGAGGCGACGAGGAGGCCAAGGUUCAGGCUGAGCGCUGGGCUUGGGAAGCUCGGGAGGCUGAGGCCCGCCGCAAGAUUAACCUUGGCACUGGUGACAUCGAGGCCGAUCGUGCCCUGUUGGAAAUGGCCGGUCUGGUUGGCAAUAACAGGAGCGGCGGCUCCAUGGUAUAA